AUGUCAAAAGCAUUACUCGAAAUUAAUGCACCUAUAACCCAGGGACUCCCAAUUGUAUUAGACUUGUUGAAAGUACCAGACGCACGUCUGAGAGCUUCGGAUCAUAAUCUACCAGAAGUAAAAGAAUAUUUAUAUAAAAUACUUGUGAUUGGUGACCUGGGUACAGGAAAAACCAGCAUCAUUAAACGAUAUGUUAAUAACGUGUUUUCAAUGCACUAUAAGAGCACGAUCGGAGUUGAUUUUGCAUUAAAAGUGCUACAGUGGUCACCCGACACGGUGGUCAGACUCCAGUUAUGGGAUAUUGCUGGCCAGGAAAGAUUCGGAAAUAUGACAAAAGUUUACUACAAAGAAGCCUUGGGUGCACUUGUUGUAUAUGAUGUUACGCGUCCUUCGACUUUUGAUGGAGUCACUAAAUGGAAGAACGAUCUUGAUCAAAAAGUUUCGUUACCCGAAGCAUGGGGUGGUGGAUCAAUUCCCGUUGUCUUAAUGGGCAAUAAAUGCGAUCUAUUAAAGGAUGGAUAUUCAAACAAGAGUGAAUCAGAAAUGAUCAAAUACUGUGAAGAGAACGGAUUCGUUAAAUGGUUUGAUACAUCAGCAAAAGAGAAUCAUAAUGUUGAUGAAGCAGCAAGAUAUUUAGUGUCACAAAUAUUAGAGAUUGAACAACGAAACCAGGGUAAACCUCGUGAAAAUAGAAAUGGUGGUGUGAUAAAUAUCCACGAAGAACAACAAUACACUCAUAACAGUUGUUGCUGA